GUUAACGACACGAACAUCCUGUCACUACUCACCUAAAACCCUAGCUAGCUUAAUAGUUAAAAUCCUCCGCCAUUUGGCCACCACCAUCAGAGAGAAUCGGCGAAGAUGGUGAAGUUUCUGAAACCUAACAAGGCGGUGGUCGUUCUGCAGGGUCGUUACGCCGGCAGAAAAGCUGUAAUAGUUAGAUCCUUCGACGAUGGAACUCGAGACCGUCCUUACGGCCAUUGCUUGGUUGCAGGAAUCGCCAAAUACCCCAAGAAGGUGAUUCGCAAGGAUUCAGCGAAGAAGACUGCGAAGAAGUCCCGUGUGAAAGCUUUCAUCAAGCUCGUGAACUACAAUCAUAUCAUGCCCACUCGGUACACCCUCGAUGUGGAUCUCAAGGACGUCGUCUCAGUCGAUUCUCUGCAGUCUCGGGACAAGAAGAUCACUGCCGCUAAGGAGGCCAAAGCUCGUCUUGAGGAGAGGUUCAAGACUGGGAAGAAUAGGUGGUUCUUCACAAAACUCAGGUUCUGAGGUGAUUUUGGUUUUUCUAGGAUUCAAAAUGUGUAAGGAUUCAAUGUUCUGCAGAUUUAAUUUUUUGCGUUUUCUUUUUAUUGAUUAUCUUCUAGGGUUUUAAUUGAAAGCAAAUUUUGGAAAUGGGAUUUCUUUGAGUAUCUGAAUAGUUAAAAUGGCGUUUAAGGUUA